AUGCCUCCUCUCUUCAACCUGGGCCCCUUCGGUCUCUCCAACAACACCAGCACCAUGCAACCAUCCACCCGUCCGUCGGCCUCGCCAUAUGCCGUCGCCAUUUCCCUCACCUCCAACGUCUGCCAGGACCGCCGCGUCAUCACUCUGCAGCCAGGUGAAGGCGUCCAGAUCGGUCGUGCCUCCAAGUCCGAAGUCAAGAACCUCCAGCCCGCCGACGACAACGCCCUGUUCGAUUGCCCUGUCGUCUCUCGUCAGCACGCCGAACUGCGGGUCAGCUCCUAUCAACCUCGCAGCGAGCAAGUCACCAUCACGGACCUCGACAGCCUUCAUGGCACCACGGUGAAUGGCCGACGCAUCGAGGCCCAGCGCAGCUUCACCUUGAAAUCAGGUGACGUGAUCAAGUUGGGCGAGCGAGUGACUCGAGGUGACGACACACACGACGGCAUCUCUGUCACCUUCAGACGACUCGACGACAUCUCCACCAACCACUACCAAGUCCCCUCACCAUCCGAGCCCGAGGCCUCUGACUACGAGAGUGACGUGGAAUCCGUCCGCAGCAUUGCGAGAGACCCAUCGUCCGCCCACACCACACCUGAGAGCAACAAGAUCAAGCUUGGUUCGCAGGACCAACCCAUCUUCAUCGCCGAAUCUGUGCCAGCUCCAGUCAUCGACCUUUCUAAAGACGAGCAAGACCAGAACGCUAUGCAACCAGCUCAGCGUCACAUCAUCCCAGACACAUACGAAGACGACGAGUCUCUCGUGGCGGAAGAAGACGAUGUCGACGAGGGUGCCUACGUUGCUUCGGACAAUGAGUCGGUGGACCUUGGUAGUGUCCAAGCGUCUGAAGACCAGUCAGUCGUCCUGGGUGACGAUUUCGACGACAAGGAAGACGACCAAAACAUCUUCCCAGAUGAUGACAUCUCCGACGCCGACCGCUUUUCGGAUGGUGAAGACUCUGGUUUCGUCGCUCCAACCUUCGCGCCAGAUGAUGACUUCACUGCGCCGGUAGAGAGCAUCCAAGAGCAGGUCGCCGAGCUGCGUCCAAUCGACCAGUUCAACACCAUGAACAACCAGGCCCAAACGGUGAACAACUCUUUCACCGAGCCAAAACCACGCUAUGAUCCAGUCCGCAAUUCACAGCCACCAGUGGAGAACGAGGCUCCCAAGUCUGACCCUGCACCAAUUUUCGUCAAGCCUCCUGCCCGAACCUAUACGUAUGACCCCUUUGGACAUGGAACCGACUUUGUGAACCCGGCUACUAACUCGUACUACAGGAGUCGCUGGGAUAUGCGCCCACCACAACACCCUGCGUUCCACGUCUACCCGAAGAAGCCUGCACCUGCGCCGGUCCCAUCCGUUUUCGACAACUACCUCAACCCGCAACCAUUCGCCUCACUGCUUGAGCCAUACACCAAUACCAGCGCUUUCUUCAAUGCUCUGCAGCAGCCACUCGACCCUAUGCCGCAACCCACCUAUGCGCCUCAAGUUGCACCAAUUCAGCCACAGAUCUCCCCCGUGGCCAACGACACGACCAUCACCGCUAGCACUGGCAAAAUCUCAAUCCCCAGCAUCAUCGACGGCGUGAACCAAGAUGCAGCUGUUACUGGUGACGAGUCUCAGAAGGUCGUCUCGCCAACUGGCAACAAGCGCAAGGCCAGCGAGAUGGAGGCAUCGGAGGAGAAGAACGAGUCGUCGGCACCACUAGCAGUUCAGCAGACGGCUGAAGUGGUCACGGCUACAGCGACCCCACGCAUCAAGCGCCGCCGCACUCGUCGUCAUGGUACUGUCAAUCAGCUCACUACCAGCUUCGCCAAGUACACUGGCGCAGCCGUUGUUGGUGCAGCUGCCACAUGCGCAUUCCUCAGCAGCCCGGCCGCGCAGUGGGUAAUCGAUUAUCUCGGCUGA